AUGAGUGAUAAAGAGUAUAUGAGCAGUUGUGAUCCAGACGAAGAAUUAGAUUUAAAAAUUGCAAAGAAAUAUGAUAUUGUACAAAAAAUAGGUAAAGGGGCAUAUGGAGUUGUUUGGAAAGCUGUAGAUAAAACUACUCAUGAAACUGUUGCUUUAAAAAAAAUAUUUGAUGCAUUCCAAAAUGCCACAGACGCUCAAAGAACAUUUAGAGAAAUUAUGUAUUUACAACGAAUGGAUCAUGAAAAUAUAGUUCAAUUAGUAAAUGUAAUGAAAGCAGAAAAUAAUAAAGAUAUUUAUUUAGCCUUUGAAUAUAUGGAAACUGACCUUCAUGCAGUUAUUAGAGCUAAUAUAUUAGAAGAUAUUCAAAUUCGAUACAUUAUUUAUCAGUUAUUAAAAGCCUUAAAAUACCUUCAUAGUGCUGGAAUUGUUCAUAGAGAUAUUAAACCAUCUAAUUUGUUACUUAAUUCUGACUGUCUUCUUAAAGUUGCUGAUUUUGGAUUAGCUCGUUCUCUUGAUAAAGAAACUCUUCAAACAGAUUACGUUGAAACCCGAUGGUAUAGAGCUCCAGAAAUUUUAUUAGGUUCACAACGUUAUUCUUUUGCAAUUGAUCUUUGGAGUGUAGGGUGUAUUUUAGGUGAAAUUAUUAAUGGUAAACCUUUAUUCCCUGGAAGUUCUACAUUAAAUCAAUUAGAUAAAAUUAUUGAAGCUACUGGUCAACCUUCAGCUGAAGAUCUUGAAGUUAUUGAUUCUCCACUUUCAAUGAAUCUUUUAUCAAGUCUUCCACAACGUGAAACAAAAGGGUUAGCAGAGAUUGUUCCAAAAGCUUCAGACGAUGCUUUAGAAUUAAUGGAAGAAUUAUUAACAUUUAAUCCUGAAAAACGUGCAACAGCAGAAAAAGCUCUUGAAUCUACAUUUGUUGCUGAUUUUCAUGACCCAAAUGAUGAACCAUCAGCACCAGGUAAAAUUACAAUUCCAAUUACUGAUAAUCAUAAGUAUUCAAUCAAUAAUUACCGUGGUUCAUUAUAUGUUGAAAUAAUGAGAAAAUAUCCACAAAAUUAAUACUUUUUCUCUCAAUUGAAUUUUUUACU